AUGGACAUCGAUAAGCUUUUCAAAGCACCGAAACUCCCCAUUGGAGGGAAUAAAAGGCGCAUGCCAGAGGCUCCGACGCCGGAAAUGCUCAAACGCAUGAAGGUCGAUGCGCCAGAGUCGUCAAAUUUUGCACAACCGGCCCCACCAGAGCUCAACGGGUCAUCAAGUAAAGGGAAAGCGCGUGCUACGACCAUUGAAGAUGCGGCUGAAGAAGAUGCAGACGUUGAAGUAUCAGAAGACUUUGCACCAGGGAACGAUGCGGACUACUUCGCAGAGGAAGAUGAAGAAGGCCGUUUCUUCGGUGGAGGGCUAACUGCGGAGCAAAAGACUAUUCUGAACAUUUUUGACAAGGCAGGAGGGGAAGGAACGUUAGAGGAUGAUCAUGAAGGCCUCACAAUUACACGUAUCCGCAGGAUGCUCUUACGGUUCGAACGAGCCGUAGACAAGAAUCAAGACCAGAGGUCAAAAUAUCCAGAUGAUCCAUCCAAGUUUAUUGACUCAGAAGCGGACCUGGACAGCUCAAUCAAGUCCCUUCUUCCAUUAUCUCAGGAGCCUGUUCUCGCGUAUCCCGAACUAGUGAAGUCUGGUGUCGUUGCAAAGCUUGUUGGGCUUCUGAGUCACGAAAAUGCCGACAUCAUGAUUGAUGUUGUCCAACUUAUCAAUGAGCUUAUUGACGAGGACGCCGGCGCCGAGAAUGAGGACGAAGAGGACGAGGGUGAGGGAAGAGAGGGUGCUAUUAAGUCUCUGGUUAAUGCCUUGCUUGAACAGUCCAUAUUAGAAUUAUUGGUAGAUAAUCUACCACGGCUGAACGAAUCUGAGGAAGCCGAUCGACAAGGCGUGUUCGACAUCUUGGGGAUAUUUGAGAGUAUUCUCGGAAUAAAUCCAGAACUUGGGCAACAAGUAGUAUCCAAAACGACCAUUAUUCUAUGGCUGUUGAAGCGAAUAGAGGCAAAGACGCAUGAUGGAAAUCGCACGUAUGCCGCUGAGAUUCUUUCAAUACUCCUCGAUAAUAGGCCAAAUCGACUUGCAUACGGGAAGGCAGACGGAAUCGAGUCCAGCUUGAAAGUGCUCUCCCAAUAUCGACGGCGAAAUUCUGCCGAUGCAGAUGAGGAAGAAUUCAUGGAGAAUGUCUUCGAUGUAUUAUGUGCCUCGUUGCAAGAGCCUGAAUGCAAGAAGUUGUUCCUCGAGGCAGAAGGUAUUGAUUUAAUGGUCCUCAUGUUGAAAGACAAGAAGGAUUAUGCAACUCAAUGCAUUAAGGUCCUUGAUUUUGCAAUGUCUGGGCCCGCCGGAACUGCCUGCUGCGAGACCUUCGUGGAAGCACUGGGCUUGAAAAGUCUCUUUUCUGCUUUUAUGGGCAAGUCUUCUAAGAAGGGCAAAUCCAAUCCCUCUUCCGCAAUUUCCGACUCAACGGGACAUAUCCUCGGUGUGCUAUCCUCCCUCUUCACGAACCUACCAUCCGAUUCGACGCCCCGCAUGCGUCUCCUCGCGAAGUUCGUGGAGAAUACAUACGAGAAGGUGGAUCGGCUACUUGAUCUGCGGGAGGGCGCUGUCGCGAGGCUUGCGGCUAUUGAUCGGGACAUUGCGAGCGAACGUGCGCAGAUGUGGGAGGAUGGAGAGGAGAUUGGCCCGGUGGAGGAAGAUAGGUGGUAUCUCCGACGACUUGAGGGGGGGUUGUAUACUUUACAGACUGUUGAUUAUGUGUUGGCUUGGGUUUGUAUGGAAGAUGACGGGGCUCGCACACACGCACAACAAAUGCUCAAACGAAAGGGCCGAACUCUACAAGACGUCGUCUCCGUUCUCAAAGUGUUCCGCGACAACGUAGAUGAGGAAGGAGAGUCUUCUGCGGCCGCGCAGGCGGAGGAUGCAUCACCGCCGCAGAAAGAGAUUCUAGGGGGACUUAUUGCAUUCCUUGAGGCAUGUUGAAUGUCUGGAUGUUGCCGUGUUGAGGAAAGAUAAGAUAGUUAGUAAUGGUAUGUUGGUGGAGUG